AUGGAUUAUGAAACGCAUGAAUGGAGAAACAUUUGUAUCUCAGACUCCUUGCAUAGAGAAUAUUCCUCUUCAAGUCCAAUUAUCUUAUUAGUUGGUGGAUCGGCAAUUUGUCAAUUUUUCUAUAAAGAACGAGAUUUG